AUGGCCGAAGAUAAGAGAGUUUUUCAUGAACAUUGCCAACUAACUCGGGAAGCAAGAUGUACAGUUGUAAGAAUGUUAAAAGCGGGGCCGAAACCAAGUAUGAUCUAUGAGGCUGUUAGAGACAAAACUGGGACACUAACUGUGACAAGAAAGGAUAUAUCUAAUAUUG